AUUACUAAGGGUUUUCAUCUUAAACUUAUCGUCUCCUCCUCGUAAAAAUAAAAACUACUUGCUCUAUAAAAAGCUUCAAGAAACCUCCAAAAGCUGAGAAAUGAUCAACGCGUUUAAGACCAUCCGAUCACUGCCCUCGAAUACCGUCUCUUUCUUCUCGCCACCUUCUCGAUUAGGCCGCAAAAUCACCGGAGUUAGUUUUGCCACCGCUUCUGAUCAGCAAAAGAUGGAUAAAAAGCCUGAAAACCCAAACGAGAAAACCGGUGACGUUACGUCGCAUUCGUAUGGAGAAGGGUACGCAACGAGGUGUGAUGAAGAAGGGUUUGGAGGAACCUAUGGAGGAAAUCAAACACUUCAAAAGGAAAACGAGAUCCAUGAGAAUCACCCUGAUUAUGACAAAACUCAAGGUAGCGAAGCUAAGGAGAAGGAGAAAGCAAGGAACCAGACACAAUCUCACUGAUGAAGAAAAAAUGAUUUAGUUUGUUGUUCUUAUACUUCAAUAAAUCAGGCUUAUGCUC